CUCCCCUCCCGGGCCUGCCGCGUCGCGCGUCCUCCGCUCUGGGCUCGGGUCAGCGGGCCACGCACGAUGGGGUCCCGCAGCCCUGCGGCCGUGUUACUGGUGCUUCUGUGUGCCGGGUGCGCGCUGUCACCCGGGCGCGCACAGUACGAGCGCUACAGCUUCCGCAGCUUCCCGCGGGACGAGCUGAUGCCGCUCGAGUCGGCCUACCGCCACGCGCUCGACCAGUACGGCGGCGAGCACUGGGCCGAGAGCGUGGGCUACCUGGAGGUGAGCCUGCGGCUGCACCGCCUGCUGCGCGACAGCGAGGCCUUCUGCCACCGCAACUGCAGCGCGGUCACGCCCGCUCCCGCGCCCGCCGGCCCCGCCAGCCACGCCGAGCUGCGCCUCUUCGGCGGCGUGCUGCGCCGCGCGCAGAGCGCACUUACUUACCUUGAAGUAAGCGAACUGCAGGAACUUGUAGGGCUCGCGCUGCUGAAAGUCGGCCAGCACCGCGCGGCUGGGCUGCGACUGACGGAAGUGGUGGUAGCCCUGUGA